CUCCUCCCCUCCCUUUCCCAGCUCGGCAUAACCAAAAUCUGGAUUCCCCCCGCCUGCAAAGCAGCCGACGCGAAAAACGGAAACGGGUAUGACAUCUACGACCUGUGGGACCUAGGCGAGUUUGAACAGAAGGGCUCCACCCCGACAAAAUGGGGGUCAAAAGCGCAACUGGAGGAGCUUUGUAGAGUGGCGGAGGGGAGGGGGGUGAAAGUUUUGUUUGAUGCCGUGCUGAAUCACAAAACUGGAGCGGACUACAAAGAGAGGGUCAAGGCGAAGAAGGUUGACCCCUUGGACCGGAAUAGGGAACUAGAUGGGGGGGAGGUGAGGGAGAUUGAGAGUUGGACGGGGUUUACGUUCCCGGGGCGGGGGGGGAGGUACAGUGGUCGAGAAUGGGACAGGAGACAUUUUACGGGGGUGGAUUGGGAUGACUUGACUAGGGAAAAGGGGGUUUGGAAGCUGGGGGGGAAGGAGUGGUGUGUGGAUGUGGAUGAGGAGGUGGGGAAUUAUGACUUUUUAAUGUUUGCCGAUGUUGACCACCGACAUCCGGACGUGCAGCAGGAUGCUUUUGAUUGGGUAAAGUGGCUGCCGACGCAGCUCAAGAUUGGAGGGUUGAGGUUGGAUGCGAUUAAGCAUUAUAGCUUCCAGUUUCAGAAGAGACUGCUGAGGCACAUUGACGAUAAUGUUGAGAAGGGAAAGGACUGGUUUAUUGUUGGGGAGUACUGGAGAGAGGACUCUGAGUUCUUGGCCAAGUAUAUUGAGUAUAUGGACCACCGGAUUUCGCUGUUCGAUGUGCCGUUGUGCUCUAAUUUGAGCAAGAUAUCUAUGGCUGGGGAGAGAGGCGACCUAAGGGACCUGUUCAAGGAUGCUUUGUGUUUGUGGAAGCCUAAUAACGUUGUGACUCCCGUAGCCCCCUGGUUUCUACCCCACGCCUAUACCCUCAUCCUCCUCCGCGCCAACACCGGCGUGCCCUGCGUAUUUUGGUCUGACCUCUACGGCUCCUUCGCCUCCGGUCCCUCUUCUUUCAUCCCUCCCAUGUCCGGGAAUCCCACCCUCCUCGCUCGCCUCAUCCUCAUCCGCAAGCUCUACGCCUAUGGCACCCAGCAUGAUCUCUUUUCCCACCAACACUGUGUCGGUUUCACUCGUGAGGGUCACUCCGCCCACGGUGGGGGUGCUGGGCUAGCGGCGGUGAUGGGUAAUCAGUGGGGCCUGUCAAAGCUGAGAAUGUACGUUGGGAAACACCACAGUGGGGAGAAAUGGAUCGAUUUCUUGAGACUGUGUCCCGGGGAGGUCAUGAUUGAUGAUGAGGGUUGGGGGGAGUUUCCUGUGUCGGGCAACAGGGGUUGCUCGGUUUGGGUCAGUGAGACAGCAGAAGGGAAGGAUGAGGUUAUCAACCUCAAAUUGUAA